AGACACGGCGCCGGGCCCGCUGGGGCAGGUGCCUCGUGGAGAUCGACGGAGGGGCUGCCGUGGGCGGCCGUGACAGCCACAGAGAGGGGAAAACAGGGACGGUGACACACACAGAGAGAACGAAGAGCAGACAGAGGCACAGCAGGAGACCCCCCCAAGCCCGAGGAGGACAGCCCGGGGAUGCAGAGCGCAUGCCGGCCCCAGUGGAGGGAACAGAUUUCCCCGGAGCCGGGAGGCAAGCCUGGGGCUCCCCUGCCCUGUGCCUGCCGGUAGCCCCCCCGGCCGUCUCCCCGCCAUCUGUCCCGCUGCCGUCCCGCCAGGUGGGAGCCAUGUUCCUGAGCCCGGGCGAGGGGCCGGCAGCCGAGGGUGGGGGUCUGGGGCCGGGCGAGGAGGCCCCCAAGAAGAAGCACCGGAGGAACCGCACCACCUUCACCACCUACCAGCUGCACCAGCUGGAGCGGGCGUUCGAGGCCUCUCACUACCCGGAUGUGUACAGCCGUGAGGAGCUGGCGGCCAAGGUGCACCUACCUGAGGUGCGCGUGCAGGUGUGGUUCCAGAACCGCCGGGCCAAGUGGCGCCGCCAGGAGCGGCUGGAGUCAGGCUCGGGUGCCGUGGCAGCUCCGAGACUCCCCGAGGCCCCAGCGCUGCCGUUCGCUCGCCCCCCGGCCAUGUCGCUGCCCCUGGAGCCCUGGUUGGGCCCCGGACCGCAGGCCAUGCCAGGCCUCCCCCGCCUCCUGGGCCCGGGCCCGGGGCUGCAAGCGUCCUUCGGGCCUCAUGCCUUUGGUCCCACCUUCGCAGAUGGCUUCGCCCUGGAGGAGGCGUCCCUGCGGCUGCUGGCCAAGGAACACGCACAGGCUCUGGAAAGGGCCUGGCCGCCGGCCUGAGCCUGCCGCCCUCCCGGCCCCCCUCCUCCACCCGACCCGAGAACCCGGGACGUGCCCUGGUGACAGCCACCACGCCUUGGCCUAGGCGAAGGUCAUGGAGCAACUGUGGUCAGGCCAGGCCACCACCACUGGGGAGCGGGACCUGAGAGACAGGCUGCUGGGUCCCCUGCCCCCAUCCCGUCCCCCACCCCAUCACCACCCGUCCUGCUGGCAGCGGACCGGCCCCCAGUGUCAGGGAGGAGGUGACCCAAAUAUUUCUCAGGCCAGGGGCAGGGCCCUCCUCCCCUCCUGAGGCCUCAGUCUCCCGUCUGUUAAUUGGGCGUGGGGGCCUCUGAGGUUCGCGGGUUGCGAGGCUGUGGGUGGUGGGGCCGCUGACUCUGUGAGAUGAGUGUGAAUCUCUCUGCUGCUCCUAAUCCCCAUCAGCAGAGCUGCCCACUCUCCAGGCUCCCAGUCCCCCGGAAAUAACAAACAGCAGCAGCUCCCACGAGCCUGGUCUCCUCUCCCCGUGCACCCGCCAUGUGAGCGCUCCCCUCUCCGUCGCGCCCUGGACCUCGGGCACAGCUGUCAGCCCAUUCUACAGAGAGGGAAACCGGGGCUCAGGCAGGAAGCCAGGUCCCCAAGGUUGCAGGGCCAGGAGUGGAUGGAGCUGCCUUUCAGACCCAUCACCAGUCCUACCGUCCGGGCACAGCGACAGGUUCUGGAGGGAGGGUGGGCCCCUUGUGUGGAGGUGGACUGAUGCUGGGCGUGUCGUCAUCUUCAGCCCGUUCCUCACGUCCCCACAGACCCCAGGCCCCGUGCAUGUCCCCUGCGGAGGCAUGGCCAGCAUCUGCUCUGUCCAACCCAGUUGCAUUGCCCAAGAGCUCUGAGCAAGGAGGCUGUCGCGGCGCCGAGAACCCGCUGGGACUGGCAAGCACAGCUGGCCCAGUGCAGCAGGAGGGCCCUGAGCCAUGGGAUGGGACAGCCUGGGCCAGGGCCACCCCCUGGGCCACAGAAGUGUGGCACCAGGGCAGGAGCUGCAGUAGCUACCCUCCCCGUCUCCAGCCCGGGCUCCCCAGAUCACUCCCAGAUCACCGGGGCACCCCAUCUCUAGGCGGCACCUCACACACCAGUCCUGUGGCCCAACGCCCAGCCAUCACCCAGUGUCACCGUGCACCAGGCACUGGGGACGUGGCAGUAAGCACAAGAAAGAUUUUUGUUUUUAAAGCUAAACCAGGCCAGGUGCGGUGGCUCACACCUGUAAUCCCAGUGCUUUGGGAGGCUGAGGUGGGAGGAUUGCUUGAGACCAGCCGGGGUGACACAGCAAGACCCCAUCUCCACAAACAUUUUUAAAAUGUGCCAGGUGUAGUGGUGCACACCUGUCAUCCCAGCUACCCAAGAAGCUGAGGCAAGAGGAUCGCUUGAGCCCAGAAGGUCGAGGCUGCAGGGAGCUGUGAUCACACCGCUGCACUCCAGCCUGUGCAACAGAGCCAGACCCUGACUCAAAACAAAUAAAAAACAAAUCUAAAACAAAA